AUGUUAGCGGUUGAAACUGAGAUCCUGUCCUAUGGCGAACACACACAGCGGGAACGGAUCAAGCGGUAUCUUAUUCCGGGGGAGAGACCAAUCUACCGUGGAGUGAUUGCAAUCCAUGGAGGUGCAUGGAGGGAUCCGAACAACACAUGCUCGGAUUUUGACGAGUAUGUUCAGAAAUGGGCCGAAAUGAACGACAUAGAAGAGGGGAGGAAGCGUGGUCUAGGCAUGGUCGUUUACAGUGUCGACUACAAGCUCUCCUGUGAGCGGGGGGUAUUUCCGCAGAUUGUGUUUGAUAUAAUGGGAGCCCUUGAGGUAAUUAAGGGUGAUUCUAGGCAAUUCUGGGCAGAGGAGGAGGAUGGAGGCAAUGUUAGCAGUUACAAUGACAAUGACAAUAACAAUGACAAUGACAAUAACAAUAACAAUGAAUGCCAUGGUGAUCCUCAAUCAAAGGAACUGGACUUCACCAUAGUUGGACAUUCGGUGGGGUGCACUAUAAUCACACAAAUCCUCGAAAUCGACUCUGUGAGGUGUGGCAAUGACAUUGGUCUCCUUCCCUUGAUAUCAAGAGCCGUUUUUUUGGACGGAAUAUACAAUGUGGAGUCGAUGCUAAGUGAAUAUCCGGAAUAUGAAUUUUUCAUUUUAGAGGAGUUUGGAAGUAUUGAAAAUUCAAAGAGGUGCAACUCAAUUACCCAAGGUUGUGUUUGUAUUUCCCCUUUAGUUUUACAGAAAUGGCAACAAUUACAAGAUAUUCUCAUUAUUCAUAGCUCUAGGGAUGAGUUGUUAAGUUUUAAACAGGCCGAUGAAUUCCGAGACUGGCUGAAGGCCAAUGGAUUAUACCAAUUCCAAUGUAUCUAUAAAGAUUUUGGUAUGCACAACAACGUCUAUGUCAAUCCAGAAGUUGCCGCAGUUGUGUACCGGUACAUCUAA